AUGCAAUUCGGACUUUUGUUUCUUUCUGCUUUGCCCGCGACUUGGGCCGCACAUCUCUACGCGGUUCCCCAGAGUCUUUCUCUUCUCGAGACCAGUGCUGAAGACAAUGGCUGCACACUACCCGAUACCUACCGCAUCCAGAACUUCAAGGCAGAGUCUAAAGACAGCGGCAAAACACUCAGUGGCUUCGACUUUGUAUUCUUCGACCAGGACACCAAGUUGACGACUCCUUGCCACAAGAACGCUUCUUCAAAGGCCAUCACAGGCUUGGGAGGCAGAGAUCGGUUUGCGUGUGACAACGACGCAGUGGAGUUCAUCUGGACUGAUGAUACCAAGAAGCUAUGGAUGAUGGAGAAGGUCUGUCAACAACAGGAUGGAUCUAUACCAUAUGAGGCCAGUGGCAGCAUCAUUCUCAACGUCAAGUGUGCCAGGACUGGCGGCUGCUCCAGCAACUCGACAGACCAGAAGUCAUCCUUCACUAGCCUUCAGCCCGUGAGGGAGGCUCCUCCUUCCUAA